AUGCUCGACAUCCUGCUGACCGUUCUCCCCGUCUUCAUCCUGAUCGGGGUCGGUUAUGGCGCGGUCCGGUCGGGCUAUCUGAAGGACAAUUUCGCCGACGCGCUGAACAUUUUUGCGGUCCGCAUCGCGGUGCCGGUCCUCCUGUUCCGGGCCAUGGCGGGGCUCGACCUCGGGCAGGCCUUCUCGCCACAGCUUCUUGUCAGCUUCUAUACCGGCGCGUUCGUCUGUUUUGCCGGCGGCAUCAUCGUCGCGCGGACAGUGUUCAAACGCCGCCCCGGCGAGGCGGUCGCCGUCGGCUUUGCCGGCACAUUCUCCAACUCGGUCCUGCUCGGGCUGCCGAUCGUCGAACGUGCCUAUGGCGGCGAGACGGUCACCAUGGCGUUCGGCAUCAUCGCGCUGCAUGCACCGCUGAUCUAUGCGGUCGGCAUGAUAACGAUGGAGCUGAUGCGGCGCGACGGCCGGACGCUGCGCGAAGCGCUGACCGAUGCUCUCAAAUCGAUCCUCGCCAAUCCGCUGAUGGCGGGAAUCCUGGCGGGAUUGGGCGUCAAUGCCACCGGCAUCGUCCUGCCUGAACCGGUGCAGGCGGCGGUCGACAUGCUGGCUGCGGCGGCGAUCCCGGUGGCGCUGGUCGGGAUCGGCGCCGCCCUGACACGCUACACGCUGACGGCGGCGCUGCCCGAAACGCUGACCGCGUCGGGCUUUGCGCUGAUCGUCCACCCGGCGAUCGCGUUCCUCCUGUCCCAUCAUGUGUUCGGUCUGUCGAGCACGGCCGUCCACGCCGCCGUGGCGCUGGCCGCCAUGCCGCCCGGCGUCAACAUCUACAUCUUCGCCAGCCUUUACGACCGUGCGGUCAAUCUGGCCGCAUCGACCCUGCUGCUGGCGACCGCCCUGUCGGUCGUCUCGGUGACCGUCUGGCUGUACAUCGUCGACACGCUGUUGCCGCUUUAG